UAUGUUAGUUUAACGUGAGAUGUCGUUGACAAUAGUUCGUUGCGGAAGUAAACAAAAUGAAAAAUAAAACCGUCCGUCAUUAGUUUGUAACUUUUCAUUUUUGUAUCUUUUAAAAGGAAAAUUUAAAUAGUUAAAACUAUAAUCUGGUCUUCUGUGGUAUAAUUCUGUGUUGUUGAACUUUUUAGACGAGUUCUUAUGUGCGCAAAAGGUUUCUGCUCGAUUGAAUAAGAAAGUAUACGCUGCUAUUCACUGUUAUUGUUAAAAGUUAAAAUAUCUCUUAAUGUGGUGCACUUAAUUUAAAUAUUCAUUUUGUAUUACGUUAAUGUGAUUUUUGUUUAAUAGAAAAUAUUAAAAUAUCAAAGAAUUAUGUCAGAAUUACUCGAUGGCCAUCCUCUGAAGGGAUUUGUUUUACUUUUAAUUGAUGUUAUCAUAUUUUUGUGUAAAUCAGUGUUUUAUAUUUGUGAAUCCAUCUAUUUUUCAAUCAUUCCUGACAAAUAUAGAAAUUUAAAGGAUGUUUCCGGCAGAGUAGUUCUUAUAACCGGAGGUGGUGGUGGCGUUGGACGUUUGUUAGCACUGAAUUUUGCAAAACUUAACGCUAGAGUCGUUAUAUGGGAUAUAAACCAUGAAGCUCUUAAAACUACCAUCGACCUCCUUAUGUCAAACGGCUUCACUUGCAAAGGCUAUGUGGUUGAUAUUUCCGAUCGUGAACAAGUCUACGAACGAGCCGAACAGGUCAAAGAAGAAAUUGGUGAAGUUGAAGUUCUCAUCAAUAAUGCCGGAGUAGUUUGUUGCAAGCCAUUUUGGGAUCUUCCCGACCGAGUUAUCCAAAACACCUACAACAUCAAUAUUAUCUCCCACUACUGGACAGUCAAAGCUUUUCUCCCCGAAAUGAUGAAGAACAAUCGUGGCCAUAUUGUAACAGUUGGUUCGGUGACAGGACUUUUGGGAACCUAUGGUUGCACCGAUUACAGUGCCACUAAAUUCGCUUGCAAUGGAUUCCACGAGAGUUUGUACACAGAUUUACGUACUCAUGGUUAUGAUAAUAUCGGCAUGACUCUUGUCUGUCCGUACUACAUCAAUACUGGAAUGUUUGACGGAGUUAGGCCAAGGGCAAUUCCAAUGCUCGAACCACAGUAUGUUGCUGAUGAAAUCACCAAGGCAAUGCGAAGAAAUGAAAAUUGGUGUGUUCUUCCGAAUCACAUUAGGACAUUGGUUCCUUUAAAAUGCCUUUUGCCAGCAAAAAUGAGUUGGGAGCUGAUGUCACGUGUGAUCCGUGGUCCAGAAUCUAUGAUGUUCUUUAGAGGAAGAGGCAGAGUUGCAGCAGGAUAAGACAAAUGUUUUUGUUUAGUCUUGGUUAGGUUUUAAUUUCAUAUUAUUAAGGUUUGUUUGUCUUGUUAAAAGACUGUUGAUAUGCCAAAGUUGGCUCUUGGAAAAAUAUUUCAAUAACAAAAAAAUGUUUAUUGAAAUUUUUAAAUGAGUGUUAUUAGAAUUAAGGUAAAAUAAAAUUUGUUAAAUAAG